AUACUACAGGUCAAGGUGAUCUCAUACCUUAACCUUUCAAUGUAAGACUUAAUUGGCAAUUAUCUGUAAAAGGAAAUCUGCAGCUGUGCAGCCUGUGUUGUUAGGGUGGUAGGGCAAUCCAAAGGAGCCUAUAAAUACAGACAGAACAGACCGCCAAACCUGUAGUUCGGGGUGGGGACUGCAGUACUGUUGUCUCAAUCCUUAGUUUACCAGUCCAGAAGUUUCAUCGAAGUAAUUGACAAGUCUUGCCUACACUGAUCAUCGAAGAGAAUAGAAGAGUGCAGUAGGAAAAAUGGAGUCAUUAAAACGCACAGGUAGGUACUGUGAACGUUCAAACAACAGGAGGAAAAGGCCGGGCAAUGCCAGACGUAAACGUAUUCCAAACUUUUUUGAUGAAAGGUUGAAGACAUGGCGUAUGCUUGUGUACAGUGACAAAGAUGACAAACCAGUGGACCCAGAAUGUGAUGAUGGGGAUUCCUCUGAUGAUGAGGUGGAAGAGGUGGUGCGGAAGCUCAUCACUGUGAAGGCCGUCAGGUUUAACAUCCAGGACAACACGAGAGCUCAUCAUACGGAUGAGUAUGACCUUACUGAGAAUGGCGAAAGUCUAGUUGUUCGACGAGGUCAGCCAUUCAGUAUUGACAUCGACUUUGAUCGUGAAUUUGAUGAGAACAAAGAGGACUUGACACUGAUAUUUGCUAUUGGUAAAUUGCCAUCAAGCACAAAUGGAACCAAAGUGGAGAUCAUUCUCUCCAAGGAAGACUUGCCUGGUAAAUGGGGUGCUGCCAUAAAGGAGAAAAAAGGGAACACAGUCAAUCUCAAUAUCUUCACUCCCCCCAACUGUUAUGUAGGCAAAUGGAGCUUUCAGGUGAGAGCCUUCAGCAAGUCGACCAACCGUGACAAGCCAGGGGUGUGCAAAGUUUACAGUCAUUCACAGCUCAUCUACAUACUGUUCAACCCCUGGUGUAAAGAUGACCAGGUGUACCAUCAUGACAAUCAGUUGCUGGAAGAAUAUGUUUUAAAUGAAUCUGGCAAGAUUUACUGUGGAAGUAAGAGAUCUGUCCGUGGCAGAAGCUGGAAUUUUGGCCAGUUUGACAGCCCAGUACUGGACUGUGUGCUCAGCUUGUUAGACAGAAAGGGCAUUGCUUUUAAAGAUCGAGGCAACCCUGUGAAAAUUGUUCGGAACCUGAGCUCUUUAGUUAAUUCCAUUGAUAACAAUGGUAUAUUGACGGGGAACUGGUCGGGAGAUUAUGAUGGUGGAACCAAACCCUACCAGUGGGCGGGGAGCGUGGCUAUCCUGAAGGAGUACUACAAUACGAAGGAGCCUGUGAAUUUCGGCCAGUGCUGGGUAUUCUCAGGCGUCAUGACAACAUGCUGUCGUGCCCUUGGAAUACCUGCCAGGAGUGUAACCAACUUUGCCUCAGCCCACGAUACUGAUGGCAGUAUGACUAUUGACACAGUCUAUGAUAUGGAUGGAGAAAGGGUAGAAGAACUCUGCUGCGAUUCUGUUUGGAACUUCCAUGUGUGGAAUGAUGUGUGGAUGUCAAGACCAGAUAUUCCAGACAAGGAAUACGGAGGCUGGCAGGCCUGUGACGCCACUCCUCAGGAAGCUAGUGGUGAUAUCUAUCGCUGUGGCCCCUGUCCUGUCCUUGCCAUCAAGCGAGGUGAGGUACAGCUGCCAUAUGAUGGCCAAUUCAUAUUUGCUGAGGUGAAUGGAGACAGAGUUAACUGGUAUCAACAGAAAGAUGGGUCAAUGAAAAAAGUGAUCCACGAAAAUGAGGUGGGUUUCUUCAUCAGUACUAACAGACCUGCAUGUAAGCCUGAAGAGAAGCUGUCGUUUGGCAGUCCUUGUUACGACAGAGAUUGGCAGGAUAUCACCUCUGAAUACAAGUACACAGAAGAUCCUGCAGCAGAGAGAGCAGCUGUGUUGAGGGCAAACCUGGAAAGCAGUAGACGGGACAUCUAUGAUGAACCGGAGGAGGGAUGUGAGGACGUCCUCUUCAAGACCAUCCAGAAGGAGAAGAUCUCUUACGGUGAACCAAUCGAAUGGGAAUACACUAUUGAAAACAAAUCCAAGGAAUGCCGUACAGUGGAAGGCCGUAUCAGCCUGAGGAGUGUCUACUAUACAGGAGUCAGCUGUCCUGCUAUUAGUGUCGUACCUGUCAAGGAGGUCGUGUCCCCAGGCAAAGGUAAACCUCCAUCAAAGGUCGUGUCCCCAGGCAAAGUGAUCAACCUGAAGCUGACCGUACCUUUUGAUGAGUACUUUGGCAGUGUUAAGGAAGGGUGUCAGUUCAGUGUUCACUUCAUUGCCACUGUGAUGGAGACAAAUCAAAUUCAGAGUGAAAACGAAACUAUUGUCCUGGAUAAACCAGAAAUGACAAUUAAGGCUCCUGCUGUUGCGACUGUUGGUAAGAAGUUCCAGGCCGAUGUCUCCUUCACUAACCCCCUACCUACCAGCUUAACAGGAACUGAGCUGACUGUCUGUGGAGUGGGACAGGAGACAAAAUUCAAACCAGGAUUGGUGGAGAAAAGUCAGACAUUCAUGUACCAAGUGGACAUAAUUCCCAAGAAGCGUGGAAAGAGGAAGUAUACCAUCCUCUUUAACUCAAAGGAGCUUGGCGACCUGACCGGCGUGUGUGAGGUGGAGGUCAAGGCAUCUAAAUCCUCAGUCAAGUACAAAUAGGCUAAUGAAUGCCAUCACCACAUCAGCAGCUCUGUACAAUAUGCUGCUGACCUGCCUCUAGGAACUCUUUUGAAACAAAGUUCAUUUCUACAUGGCACUUCAAGUGUUCAGCUUACAUUAGGAAAAAGUGUGUGCCAAUAUUGAUCUAGCUAGUGUUGUAAGGCAUGCUAAAUAGAAAAUUCCAGGGAAUGUAAUAGACAAUGUUGAUCUAGCUAGUGUUGUAAGACAAAUUAGAAAAUUCCAGGGAAUGUAAUAGACAAUGUUGAUCUAGCUCGUGUUGUAAGGCAAAUUAGAAAAUUCCAGGGAAUGAAAUAGACAAUGUUGUUUAUUUUAUUUUAACCCAUUUCUUUGAUAGCUGCUUUAUCUGCUUGUUUGUCAACUUACGUUAUUGUUUUCUAUUUUAUGCUUUACAAAAAGUUCUAAGAUAGAUUUUGUCAAUUCUGAACAACUUCUUAGCAAGAACCUACAAAAUGUACAUGUACCUAUGACAAUCAAUUAUCCUUAAAUCAUUUUGGCUAUUGGUUCUUAAUAAUGUUUUUCAAAAUGGUGUGAACUUCUUUUAAGACCUCCAAAUAAAAUGAAACAAAAACAAACAAAAAAAAAAACAAAAAAACCCACAAAAAUACAAUAGAAACCUACAAAAAACAAACAAAAUUACAGUGAGCAACUUUUUGAAGUAGAUCUUGACUGAAUUGUCUGUAACCAGCUAGCCCUCCACUGAGGUAACAAUGUCCCUUUAAAGUUUAUUAGAUCUGGACUGGAUUGUCAGUAACCAGCUAGCUCUCCAGACUACAAUGUCCCUUUAAAGUUUAUUAGAUCUGGACUGGAUUGUCAGUAACCAGCUAGCUCUCCAGGGUACAAUGUCCCUUUAAAGUGUAUCAGAUCUGGACUGGAUUGUCAGUAACCAGCUAGCUGUCCAGGCUACAAUGUCCCUUUAAAGUCUAUCAGAUCUGGACUGGAUUGUCAGUAACCAGCUAGCUCUCCUAUAAAAUGUAUCAGAUCUGGACUGGAUUGUCAGUAACCAGCUAGCUGUCCAGGCUACAAUGUCCCUUUAAAGUCUAUCAGACCGGGACUGUAUUGUCAGUAACCAGCUAGCUGUCCAGACUACAAUGUCCCUUUAAAGUCUAUCAGAUCUGGACUGGAUUGUCAGUAACCAGCUAGCUGUCCAGGCUACAAUGUCCCUUUAAAGUCUAUCAGAUCUGGACUGGAUUGUCAGUAACCAGCUAGCUGUCCAGACUACAAUGUCCCUUUAAAGUCUAUCAGAUCUGGACUGGAUUGUCAGUAACCAGCUAGCUGUCCAGGCUACAAUGUCCCUUUAAAGUCUAUCAGAUCUGGACUGGAUUGUCAGUAACCAGCUAGCUCUCCAGACUACAAUGUCCCUUUAAAGUCUAUCAGAUCUGGACUGGAUUGUCAGUAACCAGCUAGCUGUCCAGACUACAAUGUCCCCUUUACCUGGCUGCUGUAUUGUUACCUGUUGUAGUAAGUGAUACUGGAAACAAACUUAGAUAGCCUUAUUAGUACUUAAUCAAGAUCUACUGUGUGUUAAAUGUGCUGUAAACAUACAAAUUUUAGUGGUGUUUUUAUUUUAGAGUGUCUUAUGCUGUGUACCAUUUUUUACUCUGUAUUGUUUUCCUAGUUAAGUAGCCUACAUGCUGUAUAAUCUAUUUCAAUCUUGCAUAUAUACUCAGUGCUAUUGUUUGCCAUUAGCUACCAGACUUAAUAAAGCUUUGAUUUGAA